UUAAUAGCUAACAAAUGUAAAAAGCACUUAAACAAAUCAAACAUCGUGUAUUGUAUCACGUUCAAAUGGUAUCUGGUUUAGUCUGUCACGCAAAAUUGGAACUAUGAAUAUAACGUGGACGCUGCUUGUUUGCAGCUUUUCAGUAGCUUGCAAUGCUAUAUUAAAAUCGCCACACAAACUGAAUAACAUAAUAGAGCAAGUUAACCGAGCGGGUGCAUCAUGGACAGCUGGCGUCAACCGUUUUAAUACAGAUGACCAUAUACACCUAGUAGGUACUGUGCACGGAGGAGCUAGUUCCCAUGUACAAAUAGACCACAAUGAAUACUUCCGAGGCGCAGACUGUGAAGACAACAACGAUCAAGAUGACCAAUCGAACACUGAAGAAUUUUUCGACGCUCGAGACGAAUGGUUUCACUGCCCAUCGUUAUGGCACGUUUGGAACCAAGGGAACUGCGCCGCCGAUUGGGCGAUAUCGGUGGUUUCAGCAAUUACUGAUCAGAUAUGCAUAGCUUCCAAAGGAAAAAUAACAUCUCUUUAUUCGCCCCAAAAAAUAGUGUCUUGUUGCGAAGAUUGUGGCAACGGUUGCCUAGGAGGAUACGUAAAAGAGGCAUGGCAAUACUGGCUCAAGAGAGGAGUGGUCACCGGAGGUGAUUAUCAGAGUAAUGAGGGAUGUCAACCGUGGUUAACACCGCCAUGCAAUUCUACGAGUACGGGUUCGGGCACUGUACUCGGAGCUUAUCCCAAUUGCGCCAACGAGAAACCGACCACUGCCACGUGUGAUUUGACCUGUUAUAAUAAAAACUACAACAAAACGUACGUAGAAGACAUAGUUAAAGCAAAAAAAAUUGGCAACCUCCCGGGGUGCGGAGCUAGGAGUUUCUUGCGGAAACACGGACCUUAUGUGAGCACCAUGCGAGUGUACGAAGACUUUUUGACUUACAAAACUGGUGUAUACAAACACGUUACCGGUAAAUAUCUCGGAUUACUAUCGGUAAAAAUUAUCGGAUGGGGUUUAUGGGGAGGACAGGCGUAUUGGUUGGGAGUCAACUCGUGGGGUACAUCGUGGGGCGAGGAUGGUUUUUUCAAAAUCAAACGGUACAGUAACGAAUGCUGGAUCGAAAACUUUAGAUACUACGGUAUUCCAAAUGUAUAAUUAAAAAGAAGUACGACGCGCGUAACCAAUAAUAUAAUCAUUUUAACUUAAAACAUUAUUUACAGUUAAGAAUAUAUAUGUAAAUGUAUUAUAUGAUAUUACAUGAUAACAACUUAUUCUAAUUAAAUUCAAUAAAAUUCGUUUGUACACAUUGGUUUAUUUACAAAGAAAUUAGCAACAAAC